AUGGAUGGUGGAUUUUUGCCAGAAAUUACAAAGGCAACUGAGUAUUGGGUAGGCGGUGAAAAGGGAUGGACCAUUGAUGCUGAUUAUCAAGCUUGGGCCAAAGGCAAAACUUUCGAGGUUGGUGACACAUUAGUUUUUAAGUAUACCAAAGGACAUCAUAAUGUGUUCAAAGUGAACCAAACAUCUUUUCAAAAUUGCAUAGCCCCUCCACCAAGUGAAGGAUUAACUACUGGCCAUGAUGUUAUUACAUUGACCACCCCUGGUAAAAAAUGGUACAUUUGUGGUUUUCCAACACAUUGCUCUGACCAUAACCAAAAGCUUGUCAUCACCGUGGAAGGCGGAGCUCCGGCACCGGCAAUUACUGUUCCAGCACCGGGACCGGCCACUAAGGAUGAUUCAAACAAUUCAUAUAGGGUUACUAUAUCUACAUACAAGAUCUUUGUUGGAGGUCUAGUCUUAGUUUGGACAAUUCUAACAUUAGUUUGA